AUGUUUGCAGUAGCAGCUGCUCACGCAACACGUCUUGCCAAGGUUAAGGGAGCUCAGCAUUUAGACAUUUAUGAUGUGAGAAUUAUUCAAUACAGAUCAGCCAUUUUAAGGCUUUCAGAAGCCAUCAGAUUAUUGGAAGUUCUUGAAAAAAACUUAGAAAAAAGACAAGACGCUGGAAAGACGAUUAUACCAUUAAUCAAUUACGUGCUUUCGCUGUGCGAAGGUCCUGUAUUUAAUAUUCAUCCUGUUUUGAGGAAAAGGUUUACUUUAUUGAGUGAAUUCAAACUUACUAAACUGAAUGAAGUUAAUCCACCACUUUCACCUUUCGGUGUGGAAUACGACGUGGAUUUUGCACCGUUUGUGGUAGAUUUAUCUCAGUUGAGGGAGAACGUCUACAAUUCUAAUUUACAAUGGAAGCUCAUGGGAUGUCUCCAGGCAAUAUCCCAAAAUGCUCUUGAUAUUUAUGAGAAGAAAUUGAAACACGUUUCCAUGGAAAGAGCUUCUAAAAGACCUGCAGAUUUCCCUGGCAAAGUGCUUCCACUGAAUUAUGGAGCAAUUGAUGAUAUUUUGAGGCCAUUUGAGAUGGAACUUUGUUUAGAUUGGGCAGUUCUAAUAAACGACAGAGAACAAGAUACAUCUUUUAAAUCAUUGAGAAAACUACAAAGUCAAGUGUUGACAAAGUUCUUAUCAAAUAUUAAUGAGAAAGUUUUCCCCGUGAUUAGAACUUAUUUCAACCAAUUACAGAAGGCUUACAACAAUAGAAGCCCAGCAGUUGCGAAUUUGAAAGAACUACCACACUGGGAAUUUUCAGUGCAUAGAUUGUAUUCUUACAUUUAUCGAAUAAUCUGUGUAUUGGAUGUCAUGGUUAAUCUGACAAGACAGUUGUGGCUACCCAAUAGAGAUUAUUUCUACAGUCUAAGGUCUCAGCUGUCUAGCGAAAAUGUCUAUGCCUACAACGAAAUCUUAGAUAAAAUUGAUUCCAUUUGUAAUGAACCAAAGCGUCAUGUUACGGGUACUAUCCUAGCCAUCUUGGAUAGUUGUUCCAAUCCAAACUUAAACAUUAGUGUAACGGCUAACACUGUACCGGAAAUUUUUGCGAAUUCCAUUUGUAAGGUGACUCCAAUCUUGAGGAACACUUUGCAAUCAAUUACUUCGUGGUUAGAAGUAUGGAAAUUCGUUGAUAACAAUCACGAUUCUCAUGAAAAAUUAGCAAGUCUAAAUGAGGAACAACUGUCUAACAUGUUACAAGAAAGAUUGGCUGUGGAUAAAUUGAAUCAAGCGGAGAUGCAACAGAGGACGAAUAGACUAAGUCCCGAUGUUACUCCUUCAGCGGCCGGUGGACUUAGUCGUACUGGUAGCACGAUUAGAAGGAGCCAUAGUAAAAGGUUGAGUACACCGACAUCUCCCUCUACUUCGAGUAAUAUUAGUUCUCCUGGCAAAGUUUCACCAUUGAAGAUGAGUCCAGCCAAUUCUGUAGAUAAACCAAGUGCGAGGGGUCCAAAUAUAAGUUCACCUCAAUUAUCAAGGAGAAGUUCUAUUGUCGAUAUUAGAAUAUCUUCACCGACUUCCCACUCAGGAUCACCUCAAAUAUCAGGAAAGAAUUCAUUAGCAGAUAGUAGAGUGGCUGGUUCAGUUCCGAUGAAGAAUGCUGGCGAUCAAAAAUGUACACCACGGUCACCCCUGGCGAAUAGAACUGCCAAUGGAAGACCUCGUUCAUCCUCUCUACAGUCUGGUCACGAUGAGGAUACAAAUACUAAUCGUAAAGUCGCCCUACCGUCUCGUUCCACUUCUUUACAAGCACAUGCUACAGUUAACCAAAAGAGAAUACAGGAUAGUUUCGCUCAGUUGACAAGAAGCAGAAGUAUAAAUGGGUCCUCGAAUAUUUCUGGAAGUCCAAAUGGCAGGAAAAUGCAGCAAACUACAAGGAAAACUCGAACACCGACUCUUACUGGUAAUCCACCAACCUCCAGUAGACAGGGUUUUAAAAGCACUUCCGAGACUUCACCUUUACCUGAAAUGGAAGAACUAAGCAUUGGUUCAGGUGGAGGUCAUGAACGUAAGAGACAGCAUGAGGAACAAAACGGCGAGGAAUCAUCACCCAAUGGUCUAUCUAGUCCUCAAAAACGAACGCAACAGCAGCAGGAACAGGAGACACCAUCUGGCGAUAAACAACAGGAAAAAGAACAGCCUCAAGGACAACAAGAAGAGAAACAUGGGCAACAAUUACCAUACGAACACCACAAGUAUUUCGACCAUAAAGUAGCGGAUGAGCAGAAUGGUUUACCAUUAAUAAAGAAACCAGAGGAAUCAGGGCAGGAACCUUUAGAAAAAGAAGAAUCAGAGGAAAGGGAGCAAUCAGCAGAACCACAACAGGCUCGAAGCGAGCAGUCUUCAUAUCACGGGGCCGAAAGUAUGUCUGCCCAAGAAGCAGAUGAUGCGCACUCUGUGCAAAAGAAAGUACGGUUCGCAGGUGUGGGACCCAUGACUGAAGAUGAACUUACUAGACCAACAAGGAGAGGAUGGUACAGAAAGCCGGCAGUUCUGCAUUAUCCGCCACCCCCUCCGCAGUAUUUGAGUCAAAAAUUUAGACUUCGUCAAGAAGGUAUGGCAUUUAGAACAAGUCUUCGUGAGGAGAACGGCAAGGAACCUACUAACAAAAGAAAUUCGAUGGUUACUACCUUUGAUGAACUAGCCCCCCCACCACAAAAGGAAUCUGUUUCUCACAGGUUUGCCUCUAUAUUACGUGAAAAAUUGAAAUAA